AUGUACGUUAUUAAAAGAGACGGCCGCAAAGAGCCCGUUCAAUUCGAUAAAAUUACCUCUCGUAUCACCCGUUUGUCAUACGGUUUAGACCCAAACCGUAUCGACGCUGUUAAGGUAACCCAACGUAUCAUUUCUGGUGUGUACUCCGGUGUUACUACCGUUGAACUAGACAACCUGGCUGCUGAAACAUGUGCCUACAUGACUACUGUGCACCCUGAUUAUGCCACGCUAGCCGCUAGAAUCGCCAUCUCUAAUUUACAUAAGCAAACUACAAAGCAAUUUUCCAAAGUUAUUGAGGACUUGCACGACUGGAUUAACCCUGCGACUGGGAAACAUGCUCCUAUGAUUUCAGAUGAAAUUUACAACAUUGUCAUGGAGAACAAAGAUACCUUGAACUCGGCCAUCGUGUACGAUAGAGAUUUCAAGUAUACGUAUUUUGGGUUCAAGACUUUGGAGCGUUCGUAUUUGCUAAGACUGAACGGUGAAGUGGCAGAACGGCCACAGCACUUGGUUAUGCGUGUGGCGCUAGGUAUCCACGGUAGUGAUAUCGAUUCUGUGCUGAAGACCUACAAUUUGAUGUCAUUAAGAUAUUUCACUCACGCUUCCCCAACCUUAUUUAACGCUGGUACUCCACACCCCCAAAUGUCUUCAUGUUUCCUAAUUGCCAUGAAGGAUGACUCUAUUGAAGGUAUUUAUGAUACUUUGAAAGAAUGUGCUAUGAUUUCCAAGACUGCAGGUGGUGUUGGUCUUCAUAUUAACAACAUCCGUUCCACAGGUUCUUAUAUCGCCGGUACCAACGGUACUUCAAAUGGGUUGAUUCCUAUGAUUCGUGUUUUCAACAAUACUGCUCGUUAUGUGGACCAAGGAGGUAACAAGAGACCUGGUGCCUUUGCCCUUUUCUUGGAACCAUGGCACGCAGAUAUCUUCGACUUUGUCGAUAUUAGAAAAACCCAUGGUAAAGAAGAAAUUCGUGCAAGGGAUUUAUUCCCUGCUCUGUGGAUUCCUGACCUUUUUAUGAAACGUGUUCAAGAGGAUGGUCCCUGGACUUUAUUUUCUCCCAGUGCUGCCCCAGGUUUAGAUGAUGUCUGGGGUGACGAAUUUGAAGAGCUAUAUACCCGUUACGAAAGGGAAGGUCGUGGUAAAACCAUUAAAGCCCAAAAGUUAUGGUAUGCCAUUUUACAAGCACAAACAGAAACAGGUACACCUUUCAUGGUUUACAAGGACGCAUGUAACAGAAAGACAAACCAACAGAACUUGGGUACCAUUAAAUCAUCCAACUUGUGUUGUGAAAUCGUCGAGUAUUCUUCCCCAGAUGAAACCGCCGUUUGUAAUCUAGCCUCUAUUGCCCUCCCAGCAUUUGUCGAGAUGUCUGAAGAUGGUAAAACUGCAAGUUAUAAUUUCGAGAGUUUACAUGAAAUUGCUAAAGUCAUUACCCAUAACUUGAACAGAGUCAUCGACCGUAAUUAUUAUCCAGUUCCUGAAGCCAGAAAUUCAAAUAUGAGGCAUAGACCUAUUGCCUUGGGUGUUCAAGGUCUGGCCGAUACCUAUAUGAUGUUGCGUCUACCUUUUGAAUCAGAAGAAGCUCAAACUUUGAACAAACAGAUUUUCGAAACCAUUUAUCAUGCUACUCUUGAAGCCUCCUGUGAAUUGGCACAGAAGGAAGGUAAGUAUUCUACUUUCGAAGGUUCUCCAGCCUCUAAAGGUAUUCUACAAUUUGACAUGUGGAAUGCUAAGCCAUUUGGUAUGUGGGAUUGGGAAACCUUAAGAAAGGACAUUGUCAAACAUGGAUUAAGAAACUCUUUGACAAUGGCGCCAAUGCCAACUGCCUCAACUUCUCAAAUUCUUGGAUAUAACGAAUGUUUCGAACCAGUGACUUCAAACAUGUACUCUCGUCGUGUCUUGUCUGGUGAAUUCCAAGUCGUUAAUCCAUAUUUAUUACGUGAUUUAGUCGACCUGGGCAUUUGGGAUGAUAGUAUGAAGCAAUAUCUGAUUACAGAAAAUGGUUCUAUUCAGGGCUUACCAAAUGUCCCACAAGAAUUGAAGGAGUUAUACAAAACUGUUUGGGAAAUUUCUCAGAAGACCAUUAUCAACAUGGCUGCUGAUCGUUCCAUCUAUAUCGACCAGUCUCAUUCCUUGAACCUUUUCCUACAAGCACCAUCGAUGGGUAAAAUUACUAGCAUGCACUUUUAUGGUUGGAAGAAGGGUUUAAAAACUGGUAUGUACUACUUAAGAACACAAGCUGCUUCUGCUGCCAUCCAGUUUACCAUUGAUCAAGAGAUUGCCGACCAAGCCGCUACACAUGUCGCCUCUGCCGCGGAAUUGGACCGUCCAGUUUAUGUUCCAAAAGGUACAAAGUUCUCUGAACAAAAGGCCGCAUCAGCGCUUACCGAAAACUCAGAUAAUGAGAAAGAAGCAUCUCCAGUUCCAUCCGAACAAUCUUCUGUUUCAAGCGCUAUGUCAAAUAUGAAAUUGGAAGACGGCGUUGCUCCUGCAGUUCCUACGGAAACAAUCAAAGAAGAUUCAGAUGAGAAAAAGUGUGAUAUUUACAAUGAAAAGGUGAUAGCUUGCACCGCUCCUACUCCAGAAGCAUGUGAAUCAUGUUCCGGUUGA